CUGACAAACACGUACCUUAUUCUUAACGUUGUUUAAUUUAAAUCCGUGCAAAACUAAGACUCAUAUGUUCCAAGGUAAGUACUGUCAGCCAUAAAAUGGAAUUUAAAAAACACAUUUAUUUCAAUAUUGAUUUUUAUUUCAUAAAUAUCAUGUUCGAUUUUCUAUUAAACUUAUUUCCAAACUGAAAAAAUAUGCAGUGCCACUUGAUUGUUAAUAAUUUUACCUAUUCGUAUAAGCUUGAAUUUUAAAAAUAAUUAAACUAAAUAUUAAAAAUAUACAUAUGCUAAGUGGUAAGCUUCUACACGUUUCGGGUGCGUUUGAUAAUGAAAAUAAACGAUGUUAAACGCCACUGCAAUUAUCAUUAUUAUUAUUAUUUAUCAAUUUAUUUAAUUUUUUUUUUGUGGAGUAUUGUUCAGCCCUUAUUCAUUAUUAUCCUACCGAGCCAGCAGCGACGCUCUCCCGGAGGUCGUAGAAAAAUAUGUGAACAUUCUCCGUAGUUGUUCUUUGUUUACUUACAGUGUGCUAGCGUCUUCGUUAAAUCAAGGUAUAGAUUUUUAAAGCACAAGUCAUGACGUGCUGGGCAUGAGCUAGUGUUUGUUCAGGGGCACAUUGGUGUUCUAUUCGGUUAAAUGCACACAUUUAAGAUCAACUAACCGUAACUUUUUUUCAGAAAUCAGUGUGCAUUCGUCUGGAAUUGAAAAUUAUUACAUGAAAUUCAAUGACUUAAUUCAUAGGAGAUUCGGGGACCACCUUAAUGGUUUUAGAUAACAGUAAAAUGAUCAUUUCAAGUUAAACAACACCCCCCUCCCAAAAAAAAAAAAACUUUAGCAAUUUUUUAAAAACUCUGAAAUAAAAGUAGCAAUCGAAGUGCGACAAACACUUCAAAUUAAUGUGAAAGAAUAUUCAAAACAGCAACAAAAAUAUGUGAGACAACUCAACUAUCAGACUUUUAAACGAAAGUUAUAAGAUUAACUGCUAUAACUUCUAAAGGAAUAUUAUUUCGAAUGUUUCUGGAGACUUCGACUAAUUGUAGAGCAUUUUGUCAUGUUCCGAUACAUCUAUGUGCUUAGUGAACAAAUAUUUUUUUCUUAAUAUUUUUAAAGACUUAAAAAUAAACUCUUUGAAUUAAAAUACGCGUUAAGUCACGAAUUACACCUUACCAAAAAUGUGUGAUUGUUAAAUUAAGAUUUUAAUUUAACACUUAAGUUUUUCAGUAGAGCAGAAAUUGUAUUCAUUAUUGUCUUAAUCUUCUAAUUUCUCUUUAUAUUCUUAGAAACAGCCAGCAGAAAACGAUGAAUGAACUAGCAGGGUUCUGACUAAAAAAAAAAAAAAAAUAUUUAAAAAAAGAACCGUUUAAAAUAAAUAACAAUAUUUAAAAAAACUCACUUAAAAUGGUUGAUUCAGAGAAAUUAAAUAUUAUUUCAUUAUUGUCUUAAUCUUCUAAUUUCUCUUUAUAUUCUAAGAAACAGCCAGAAGAAAACGAUGAAUGAACUAGCAGGGUUCUGACAAAAAAAAAAAAAAAUAUUUAAAAAAAGAACCGUUUAAAAUAAAUAACAAUAUUUAAAAAAACUCACUUAAAAUGGUUGAUUCAGAGAAAUUAAAUAUUAAUUUUAGACUUGAUUAUGCGAACAGAAAAAUUGACGCAGAAAAACAACUCACGGUCCUCACACCCCUCUAUGAUACGGGGAGAAAAUCAAAUAAGAUACAAGGUGUCAUCAAAUUUACUAAGACUGCAGCUUGCUUUGCGAUUAUUGUUCGCAAUGAAAAUAUGAAAGAGGUGCAUCCAUAUCCAUUUGAUGUAACGUGCAAACUGGAUAUUAAAAACUCAGACCAUUCAGACUACUUGAUGAACUCGUUGAAAACCGAUGCUUCAAAGUCUGCCAUUGAAAUUCCCAAAGUAGAAAUACUAAAAGCUAUAAACGGGGAAGAUCAGUUUGAGGUUACUUGGCAAUUAAACCUCGAAUGGGGCCAAGAAACUGGGGAAAAGGAAAUUAAGGAGUGCACUGUAAGGACGAAUAAAAGUGAUUGUCAGAGUACUUUCCCGAUACGAAUAACUCCCGACUUCAAAACAAAAGACACUGAUCAGGACCUCCAAGUGCUGAAUAUCGAGCACGCGAGGUAUGUUCAACAUUCCGAUAAGAUCAUUUAAGAUAAGAUUCUUUUAUUGAUCCAAAAAAAAUGUAAAUGUUUGUGACUGCAUUGUAAAUAUACAUUUUCAGCACAUAAAUAAAUACAUAUUUUAAUAAAGUCUACGUUUUCCAACUAAACAAAAUUAAACCCAAGACAUAUGUAUUAAAUUAUGUCACUAGUGUAAAAAAAAAACCAUUCAGUGAAUUCUCUUAGUCAUAACAUAAUUCGUUCUCAUUUAGAUUUUGUGUCUUCAUCCAAAGUGUUUUAAAACAUAUUUAUUUCACAUUAAUGAAAUACUCUCAUAAGAAAUUGAGAAUGGUAAGUGAUUUGACUUCUCAACACCUCAAUACAAUCCCUUUGGUUUUUCUCAUUAAUCACAUCACACUCACACACGUGCGUGCACACACACACACACACACACACACACACACACACACACACACACACACACACACACAUAAAUAUAAGCAUUCUAUAUACUAAAAUGUCAACUUUUGUUUGUUCGUUCCGCCUAAAUUUAUAAAUGGAUUGAUGGAUCUUGACAAAACUUGGCACACAUAUCCAUCACUAUUCAGAAGGAAAUACUGGUGGUGGGGUGUAUGUAUUGUACAUAAUAUUCCGUUGAGGGUGAGGGCCCUAAAUUCGUGUUUAUUCCUUCUAGGACCUAUGUCUAAAGACUGAUCACCAACAAACAUAAGGAGUGUCCAUAUUCUAUAAAAAAAAUACUCCUACUUGAAUGAACGGAUCUAGAUUAAGCUGGGUAAACACACACAUUUGAUCUAUAUUUAAAUAUUAAAGAGUACAGAAUUCAUACUAGGCACUCCUUCUGGAUCGAUCGCCCCCCUUUUAAUUUAUAAGCCUUAUAAUUUGACAGUCGGUUAAGUUAAUUGAAAAGGGUUAUACUGGCAUUGGUCCAUUACUGCGACGCGGAGCAGCAAUACCCUAAUCCAUAGACCAUAUCGAUAUGUCGGUGAAUUUGAAAGCAUUCCAUUCAGGGCCUUCUAGAACUUUUCAGAGAGAUCAAAAUCUUAAAACGUUAGAGCUAUUGCGUUUUUAACCUAAAUUUAAUGGGACAACAUUUAAACGGUAACUUAUUCAUCCGAAUGCUUUUUAUAGGGUCGCCCUUUCUUAUGCGUAACUAAAAUGUACCUUUCUGGAAUGGACCUCCACCCGGCGCCCCUCUUUUAGUUUAAAAGAAAACAAUCAUUAUAUGUAUGGCAUUUUCUUGUAGAUUUUUUCGAUCAUAGUGAUGCCACUUUCCACACGUUUCGAGGAGGUAAUAAAAUUAAAUCUUGAAUGUCCAAUAAAAAUAAUAUUAUUCCAUAAGGAUAUAUAGUUUCGUUCUCUUUAUUUUUUUACUCUCCUGGGGAUUUUCUCAGUAUUGUUUAGUUGUUUCAUGAAGUUUCUUGAUUAUGAUAGAAAUUUCGUUUUUUUUCUUCUAAAAACCAUUUCUAAAAAAAUGUCCUUACUAUUUCUAUUAAGUUAAUGUAACUUUCAACGAGUAUCCUCUAAUGUUAUUGGAUAAGAAUUAAAGAUACUUUUUAAAAAAUUUCUAACCACUUCCCCAUUAAUUUUCCUCUAUAAUGGCCUAAACUAUAUCCAUCAAUGAAGUUAAAAGACCUAUAUUACAGUAUACACUACUACAUGUAUAUAUGUAUCGCGCCAAUGUUGGACGCUUAUCUUAGGGAUAACUUUCCGUGCAUCUCACAAAACAAGUUUCAACUAGGAAACGGGACCAAGAAUGGGAUCCCAACGGGUAGCAAGAUGCCCACGAGGAAUGGGAUCCAUAGGAAAAUGGGAUACCACAUGGGAACAUAAUCCCAUCGGAAACAGAUCUUACCAGGGAACGGAGUCCAAAUGAGGAAUUGAUCCAACCUUAUGGUGGGUGACAACAAGGAACGGUAUCCUAUCGGAAAUCAAUAUCCAAUUAGUUAGUGGUAUUCUAUCAAUGAAGGGAAUCCACUGGGAAUUAGAAACAACCGGAGAAUGGAAUCCACCAGGGAGCGGGGAUUUUGAUUCCUUUUAUGUCAGAGAAAAAAGAUAUCUUAAUUUUUACUCAGUGAAGUUUUUCUACAACGCCCUCCACUUCGAGGUUUCUUAGGUUGUAGAAGUUUAUUUUUAUGAAUGCGACCCCGGGAAGCCCCGGGUAUACUGGCUAGUAUGAAUAAAAUUGUGAAAAUGUGUUUGUUUGUGUAUUUUUUCCGCCUACGUUUCUACAUGGAUUGAUAUAUCUUGAGCAAAGAUUGCACACAGACCCAUCAUUAUCAAGCAUUAAAUCCUGGGAGUGGGUAUUGAAAUUACAAAAAACAUUGAGUAUGGUCUCGGGGGCCCAAAAUAUCGUUUUUUCUUACUAGAGCUAAAUAAAUAUUGGUUGCGGCAUGAAUUAAUGGGUCAAAAAUUAACUUAGAACGCAAACAUUCGAUUAUCCAAAUUCAAAUGCUGGUGGAUUAGAAACCCAUAACAUCAACUACUUGGGGGCUGGGGACACACAUUUAAUUUGUCCGUAUCUUUUUGUGUGUUUGUUCAGCAUACGUUUCUUCAUGAAUCGUUUGAUCUUGACCAAACUUGGCACAUAUUUCCUUUACUAUCCAGAAUUAAAUAAUUUAUCGAACACAAAAAAAAAAAAAAGUGUGAUCGCUAUAUAAAAUCGAAAAGUGGAAGAGGGUCUCGAAAAGUCAAGCGACGGCGUGCGUGGCCUGCUUAUGUUACACAAAUAUUUUUGUAUGUUACUAAAUAGUAAUACGGUUUUUCAUUUUUAUUCAAACUAUUUUUGUAGUAAAUAGCUUUAAUUAAUUAAUAACUUUUCCGAAACAAAAUUCAUUCCAAAAAAAAAAAAAAAGGUUUUUAUCACAAAAGCAUUGCUAACAUCUUGUUACACGUGGAAUGCAAAACACAAAUUAGAUCAUAAAUUAAUGACUUUUUCUAAAUAUUUCAGAGUUUUUUAUAGAGUAAAAACAAGUACUGUUUUGUAGAAAGGUCAACACAUUUUUAUGUGUUUUAAAAAAAAAAAGAAUUUAUUUAAAAAAUCGUAUAUGAAUGGCAUAAUAAUGUUGAUAAGACAUUAGAUGUUUACAAAAGACAAUAUAUAUUUAUUAAUGUUCGUAUUUUAUAUGAAGGAAAUGUUAUACAUUUUCCAAUAUUCUCUUGCUUGAAUUUUUUUUUUUCAAACUCCUAUAUCUUUCUUCAGAUAGUUUAACAAAUUGCCUCUUCGAUAUACUUAAACACAUUUUUUUUUACUAAAUUCCCAGAAUUUAUUUUUAAUUAGGCGAUAUGGAAACCUUUUUUUUUUUCUGUUGCUGUUCUCAGCUUAACUACACAUUUUGACGACACUUAGUGUGCACAUGGGACAGAAUUUGUGUAGAUGGUAGGAUAAAGAUAUAUAUGUGAUUAGGAUAUAUCUGGUAGGAGGAAAGAGUGACAAAUUGUAAGGAAACAUUGAUUUUUCUAUGUUCAAUGUCUCCAGCGUACAGACAAGCUCUGGUAUUCAUGAACAACAAUAAAUGAUAAGGACAUUCAAGAAAAAUUAGUAAUGACUAUCCUUGUAUAUCUGUCUUACAAGAAAGACAUCAGUACGCAUUAUUAGACCAUUUAUACCAUCAAUUUGCUAUUUUUUUCUUUUAGCCCAGUGGUUUAACAGGAGCUCGCGCUUUUACCAAACCUCCCCCCCAACCACAAAACCAUUGACCAAUCCUUGAUAUGUCCAGGACUAAGAAACGAGACUCCAGAGAACCCGACUAAGGCUUAUACAAUAAACAAGAAAAGUUUAUGGACAGUACUUAUCGAGCUUUGAAUAGCCAUGCUGGCGGUACCCAGGGGCGGGGGGCAGGCAACACAUGCUGUAAUACCACCUUCCAUCAUAGCCACAUAAUUUUAGACGGCGAGUAUUGGCCAACUGUUCAAAUAGUUUGUAUUUAAAUGAAUUGGUUGAUUUACCAUAAGACCUUGUUAAGCAGUAUCUAACAUUUACAAAAAUUGAAACGUUUUGCACAGUGGAACUCUGGGUGAGCUAAGCUCUCUAACCGGGGAACAACAAAUUAAUGGAUUUUUAAAAUCAAUUCAAUGCAUUGAAUAAAUCGUUUAAAAUUAUAUUUAAAACAUUUACACAUCAUAAUUUAUAAAUUAUUUGCACCAUCUAAAUUUUGACACCCACCACCCCCCCCCCAACCAUAUAUAUUUAAAUACUAAUAUAUUAUGAAAAAAGCUGGUGUUUUGUAUUUUCUCUUUCGUUAUUAUAUUUAUUAUUUGAAGAGAAAGACCCCCCCCCCAAACAUACAUUAUAUUUUAUUUUAUUUUUUUUAUGGGGGGGGGGUGAAGGGGGUCUUUUUCUUUUGAGUCAAAAUAAAUCAAAUUACAUUACACUGAUUCAUUUUGACUCAUCUCACACAUUCGAACACCAGAAACACACAAACCAAAUCUAUUGCUACUACAUAUUUUACUUUAAUGAUAUCUUGAUUAUAAAUAAUUACAAAAUUGAGAAGCUUGUUAUUAAAUAUAUAAUUAAACUUUAAGAAAAAUGCUUAAUAUGUAUUUGCAUUUUUUUAAAAUACAGAACAACUUCCCAUUGUGAGAAAUCAAACAAUUUUUUGCUUAUUGGUCGAUCUGGGACUGGAAAGAGUUCAACUGGAAACAGCAUUUUGGGAGACCAUGCUUUUGAGAUGUCUAGCGAUCACUUUCCUCUGACUCAAGAAGUAGCAUAUGCUGAUAAUGAUCACUACGGUCACAUCAUCAAAGUCAUUGAUACACCAGGAGUACCAACUUCAGUAAUUGAAUCUGAGGCAAAAAUGGCUUUUGUCGUUCGUGCCAUGACUGAUGCUAUAAUGAGCAGUCCAGAAGGUUAUCACGCAAUUCUUCUAGUUUUGAGAUAUGGUCAACGAUUUACCCAACAUGAUACUAACAUAAUCCAUAUUUUGAAAAGAAUUUUUGGCGAAAUGUUUGUACACAAAUUUUGCAUUAUUGUAAUGACAGGAGGAGAUCACUUUGAGAAAGAAUCUAAAAGGACUCGUCAGACUUUCGAGGAAUGGUGUCAAUCACAGGCAGGGGGGUUAAGAGAUCUUCUCCUUGAAUGUGAUCACAGAAUAGUUGUUUUCGAUAACGUAACCAGUUCUGAAGAGAUACGAGAGAAACAAUUUUUUAGACUUAUCGCUCAAGUUAAACAUAUGAGUUCGAAAGGGCUGUGCUAUACCAACAAACACUUUGGCAAAUACAACGAUUCUCGUACGAGUCUCAUGGUAGAAAUAAUAGAGCCGAUGAUAAGCGAUGAAGUGUUGAAAAGUAUUAGGCAUUUCGAAAACAAGUUUUCUCAGAUAAAAGCUUCAGAAGAUAUCAACUACAAAUACGCGCAGCUUCGUAAUCUCAAACUUAAAACCGAAGCCCAAAAGCAAACAAUACUUGAUUUGGAUAGGGGAACAAAUAGACUAAAUAAACAGCUGCAAAGUAUCGAUAUCUUAAUAGAUCUUAUCACAAAUAAGUUACCGAAAUCGAUUCCAGAAGAAAAAUUUAGUACAUUUUCUAAAUUGACACAAACCUCAAAAUUAACGCUAUUAACAAAAGGUCAGGAAAUACCAUCCAGAAAAAAGAACAGGAGAAGAAAUCACUUGGUCAAAGGAGGUCGUGUCAAAUGAAGUAUAAAUAUCUAACGGGCAGAUUUUAUCCAGCCCAAAUUUUAUGGAGAUAAUCUUCUGCUUUAUAAUUGAUAUGGGGCCAUCCAUAAAGUACGUAUAGCUAUUUUUGGAAACAAUUGUACCUCCUCCCUGCCCCCUGUCACAAUCUGUCACAAAUCUGAGGGAACACCCUCUCCUAACACACACACACACAACAGUACGUCAUACUUUCGCACUUAAACGUUGUUAAAAAGUUAACAAAUGAUUAAUAUUUAAUCUACGACACACAUCUUCUGUCAGAACACAUCCAUUUAAAACAUAAAGUUUAACAUCACUGACAAUCUCAUGUUUUACUAGCGUGAAAAAAAAGUGUGUGACUUCAAACAAGAUCUUUACCCCCCAACUCCGUGCCACAAACUGUCCCAUUUUUCUUAAAAAUCCUUCCCUAUCUGCAUAGUGACCUACUUUAUGGACGCCCCCCCCCCAUGGGAAAUUUUGUAUUACUUGCUAUUUAUCGGACUGGGAAACCACUGCGAGACUCGCCGUGCGUGGCCUUGGAGUAUAGAUCAGUUUAUUAGGGCUUUGUUGUGUGUAACAACUCACUAAUGAUAAGAAUUGAUUUUUUCAUUAUUUUCAAGUAUUAAGAGGAAUUUUGAAAUGGCAUACGCAGAGAGACAGGAAGGGGGUUGAUAGCUGAGUUUUCGAAGGUGAAGACGCAUUUUGUAUUGUGAUUUUGCUCUAGCAUUGUUUUAAGUUACAUCGUAUUGAGUAGGAACAACUAUCGUUCAUCUAUUUGUAUUAUGAAUUAUGUGAUAUCAUGACGAUUGUUUUAUUCUAUUGGAUAUUUUAUUUUAUAAUGUGAAGCCUCAUGUCAACGCAAAUAAAAGUUAAAUGGUGA